GCCGCGCGCAACUCCCUCACUACAGCAUCAAACGGAUAACAUCACACAUUAUGGACCCUCUGUGCUUUAUUUAAAAGAAAAGUGUGCCGCUUCAAUCGUAAACAGACGCACAGAAGAUGGGGGAUAAGUUCGAGCUGCUGAAGACACCUGUCAAUAGGGCAGCUGUGCGGAAGAAGAACAAGAAUGAGAAACUGCGGUUACGCGUCAUCUUUUUAGACGACAGCGAGAGAGUUUUCGAGGUGGAGAGAAAGAUUCUGGCAUCCGAUUUCUUCAAUAAGGUGUGUGGUCAUCUAAAGCUGCUGGAGAAAGAGUACUUUGGCCUGGAGUUCCGUCACCAUACUGGCAGCUAUGUUUGGCUUGAACUCCUGAAGCCUGUGGCUAAGCAAAUCAAAAAUAUCAGUGAUGUGGCGUUCCAUUUUAUAGUGAAGUUUUUCCCUCCUGACCCAGGACAAUUGCAGAGAGGCUUAACCAGGUAUCUGUUUGCCCUUCAGAUCAAACAGGAUUUGUCAAAUGGUAGCCUCACGUGUAACGAUAACAGCGCCGCACUGCUGGUCUCGCAUAUACUGCAAGCAGAAAUCGGGGAUUAUGACGAUGAAUUGGAUACUCAUCAUCUUGAAAAUAAGCAAUAUGUGCCAAACCAAGAAUACUUGGAUCAUAAAAUCAUUCGCUUUCACAAAAAGCACAGAGGUCACACUCCUGCUGAAUCAGAUGUGCAUUUGCUGGAGGUCGCCCGGAAAAUGGACAUGUACGGGAUCCGCCCUCACCCUGCUCAUGAUGGAGAAGGCAUGAGGAUCAACCUCGCCGUCACACAUAUGGGAGUGCUAGUCUUUCAGGGAAACACAAAGAUCAAUACCUUCAGCUGGGCCAAGAUCCGAAAGCUGAGCUUUAAGAGGAAACAUUUUCUCAUCAAACUCCACACUGAGACUGGGCCUUCAAGGAGAGACACUGUUGAGUUCUCCAUGGCCAGCAGAGAUGUGUGUAAGGCAUUCUGGAAGAUGUGUGUGGAAUAUCAUGCUUUCUUCAGGCUUGCAGAAGAGCCCAAGUCACAUCAAAAGUCAAUUUUAUCCAGUAAAGGAUCCAGUUUUAGAUACAGUGGCAGAACACAGAAGCAACUUCUUGAGUGUGUUGGCUCUGGAGACAAGAAACAUUUGCCUUUUGAAAGAAGUUACUGCAAGUGUGAAUAUGACACUCGACAGUGCAGAUCCUCUCCUGACAUACUGACUGAUGUCUCCAAGCAGCUGUACGAGCAUCUACCUCCCGACCCAACUGUUGCUGGGCAACACGGCGAACAGACAGGCGUAGCAAAGCGCAGCCUAUCUGCCGUGGAAGUCAUGUUCGCUAAUGAGCUGGAACGAUCCAGGCCCUUGUCACGAAAUCCUGCCUUCUCAAGCAAUUCUGCCUCACCCAAGCUCCGUUCCCUUUCUACAUCAGGAGUGGAACAUCGUGGUAGAGCAGCUCAGAGACAAAAAGCAAAGAGACGAUUGUCUCCUAGCACCCAGCAUCUAGUACUUCUCUAUCCUAACCCACCCCAUCUACAGUUCCACCCAGUGCUGCCAACCUUCCCACUCGCUAGUCACCCGUACCUAUUGCAAGACCACACGUCUUCAUCCCUAGACCGCCUCCCUCAAACUCAUCACAAUCAUGUGCCUCUGCAGUACUUGCCCAGACAAAUUGCUCAUUCGUCCUUGCCAUCCUCUUGCUUGUCGCCGCAACUACAGAAGCAGCAGGAAAGGCUCCGUCCCACCGGCCAGGGAGAAUCGAGAUUGUACCCCAGAGGAGGACUGGGACUAAGAGUUGGGUUGAACAAGAAACUAGACUUGAGUGGAGUGGAAGCAGGGCAUUACAGCGACGACUCCACCUUUCAGACUGGUUUGCCACGUCGAGCCUCAAGUCAACCAGACUUCAAAUUCCAGCGGCCUACACUUGCCUCAAACGCCGCUGCCUAUGCAUCCGAGUAUCGCCCUCUGGGAUAUUAUCCACACCUUUCUCGACACCAGGUUCCUACCAGGCCCACCUACCUUCCUCUAAGUCCGGCUCCACUCCCGGAAAGACCCACUUCUUUAUGUGUAAUUGGCACAGGUAGUUAUAGUGAUUCAGAUUCAGACACUUUCUACCCCUACUUUCCCGCACUUGGUAAAGUGGUGCGUUCUGGUCCACUGGCACGCAUGCGCUUUUCUUCUGGGAGCCUCCAACUUGAUGAAGAGGAUGGAGAGGAAGAGGACUUGGACUGCCCAACUGAUGAGGACAACACAAAUCUCACCACUGUUAAGGUGCUGAAGUUGUAGGCAUGGGCAGAAUUGUGACUGAUGGAGGUCAACAAAUAACAUAAAUAGGCCUGCAGACCUUGAGCUCUCAAAAAAAAGGUACAAAAACUGGGAUGUACAUUUCCAAAUGUUCACCUUUGUACCUCAUUUAGGUGGCUAAAUCAGGGAUGUCCAAUCCUGUUCUGCGCUUUUAAAAGUAAAUGUUUCAAAAGAGGGUUUUGCAGUAAUGCCACAGAACAACCUUUUUGUUUCCCCAAAUAACCUUUCAGUGAACCAUUUAAGAACCAUUCAAGUGUUUCUAAGCGUGAAGAACAUUUUAAUAAUCUAAAGAGCAUUUUUCAACUCUAAAGAACUUACAAGAAUAUUAAAGAUCCUUUAUGGAAUCACAGAUGCUAAUAAAGGACCGGCAGUUGAAGUCUAAAGUGGUUGACAGUGACGUGAAUGUGAACUGUUUCAGAUCCUACUUUUAAGUAGGAGCUAAAAUGGAGUUCCUACAAAUUACAUAUGUUCCUAAUUCCUGUAAUGCGAAAAUACCAAAAGCCUAAGAAUUACGUCAAUAGUUCUAGGAACUAUGAAAAGGUUGCUCCAGUGCAAAAGGUCUUAAUGUGUGGAAAGCUACCUUUAAACAAAGUUAGGUUCUAGGCCCAGAUAAACACACCUGAACCAGCUAGUCAAGCACACUAAAAACUUCUAGGAGCUAAACUACAUAGUGGCCCUCCUGGAGUAGGAUUGGACACCUCUAACCUAUACAUAUUAGCAGCUUUUGAAAGAGUACUGCCCCAGUGACAGGUAUUAUUUGUGUGGGGUAGUAACAAAAGCAGGGGUUGGAGCACAUUUUUAGUCAGGUUACAUGAGGUAAUAUUAUUGUAAAUAAGAAAUAUUUCUGCAUCUUUGAUCUAAAAUUAUAUUUUGUUGUAAGCUGCUUUGAAUUUAUGUAGGCCUAACAGUAUAGGUUACUCUUAAAUGAAAAUUCUGUUACCAUUUACUAUUUUACCAUUUACCAUUGACUAAAGUGUCAUUCUUUGGUAAACUAUACUUUUAAUUAGUUAUUAUUCCAUAAAAUGCACUAAAUAUAUAGUGAGUAAAUAAUCAUUCUGUGGUGAUUCAAAGUAAAUCUUAAUUUUUAGGAAAAGAAAGCCAAGUCUAUAAUAAUGUAACUAAUAAUAACUGAACAAAACAGAUUUUCAGAUGUCUGUGUGGCUGGAGAACAUUAGAAAUUAUUUCUUUGACAUUCGUGCUAUAGUGGUAAUACUAAAAACAUUUUUGCAAUGAUGUGAAAUUUUGUCAAUAAAUGAGGUGUCAGUUGAAUGUCUGCAGAUUUUAACCUACUAAAAGAACCACUUGUGUACUUCUUAUGCUAAAAAAAACAAAACACAUCACAGAUUUCACAUUGACUUUUUCAGUAUGAUUCCUGUAACAAAAAAGCACAUUAACUGGUAAAAUAUAGGCAUAUCUUGAAUGCGCUACAGGUUGUUUUAGAUCAUAUGAAUUAAUUUAGCUUCCGUGUUUAUAUUAUUAAAAGAUAUCACCCAAAGCUGAAAAUUUUUGUCAUUUACUUUGACAAUAUUUUUUGGAAGUAAAUGUCUGUGGUCAAGUUUUGUUACCCACAGUUUUUUAAUAUAUAUAUAUAUAUAUAUAUAUAUUAAAUGAAAUUCAUUCAUGUUGAGAACAUUUUUGGGUGAACUAUACUUUUAACAUUAGCAUUUGUCUUGGAAACUUACCAAACAGGUGUUUGGUUUUUUGUUGUUUUUUUUGUCUGUUGCAUUUGUCAUUAUAUAUGCACACACAAUGCGCAGGAGAUUGUUAAAACACUUUAGUCACAAAGGAAAAUACAAAACUGAUCAACAACAAAAUCAACAAUGACGAGGGUAGAAUCUGUUAGCGAAAUUGCUAAAAUGUAGUGCAACAAUAUAAACAUUUAACAAAAAAAUUUAAAGUAAAUGCACAGUACAACUGUACACUCAUGUAAACAAAUGAACUGCAAAAAAAAAAAAAAAAAAACCAUACUGGUCACUUCUGCAUUUCAAAGAAUAGGUACAGGUACAAGUU